AUGGCAGUUGCCACCAAAGCCUUCUUUGACAUGAUGGCAGACAGCCACACAACCACGGCCAUGUUGUUCGGUGAUGUCUGCUACAACGUGACGGGGCCAAUUGUCCAGAUAGCUCACCAGUGGGGCAUGUUUCAGCUGUCAUACGCUGACACAAAUCCAAUGCUGUCUGACAGAGACCAGUUUCCGAAUUUCUACCGUACCGUUCCCAGUGAUAGUGACUUCAACCCUGCUCGUCUAGCUCUGUUGAUGCAUUUCAACUGGACAACCGUGGGCAUUGUCUUCCAGCACGCCAAACUGGGCGAGGCUAGGCAUGUGAGCUCAGAAGAGCAGAAUGUUAUUAUUGUUUUUCUUCCUCUUCCUCUCUCAUCUCUUGUUCGUGGCAAUUAUGUUGUCGUUAUUUUAUUUCCUGCUGUUGUCACUACUGUUGAUUUUUGUAUCCCUGCUGUGAAAGUUGCUUCUUAG